AUGAAAACAAAAAGUGAGAGAAAAGAAAAACCUCAAUUUUAUAGCCAUAUCGCUUCGGCGAUCAUACCAGUGGCAAGUAUUGUUGCCGUUCCAUCAGUCGCACAGCAUUGUCCGCGUCAGAAGACGAAUCCUCAUGAAGAUUGGGGACCUAUAGCACCGACUCUGUUGCGAGCUUCAAUGACCAGUCAGAUGUUGAUACCAUCGGUAAAUCUUAGUUCACUGCAGGAUGAUGAGGACGAUGACGAUGAUAACGAUCGUCCUUAUCAAAUAACAAAAAGACAACCGCCAAUCGGACGAAUGGAUGCGAGUAGUGAUGACGAUGAUAGUGAGAAUGAAAGAAAACAGCGUCGGCAACCGACCGAGGCAUCAAAACCUAGAAGUAGUGCAUCACGAUCAGUAUCAGUAUCAGAAGCUGAAAAGCGUCUCUUUGGUCAUGUUGAUCGAGAUGAAGAACAAACGACAACAACAGCAGAAUUGGGUCUAAGUUCAACUAUUCAUCUAGAUAAAAAGAAACAAUCAAAAAAUACUGAUGUAUCACCAUCAUCAACAACGACGACAACAACAACAACAACAACAACAACAACAACGAAUCCUAAACGAGCAACCGUUAAUAUUAUUCGUCAGCAUGUACCACCAUUGAAUGUGAACCCCAUCGCAAGUCAAUCGGGUCCAUCUGCCGCUAGAUCUACUAGCCCUAUUGAUGCCAAUGAUACUGAAACUCGUUCGACAACAGCACAUUCAUCUUUCAAUGACACGACAACAGUUCCAAACAGCGCUCGCACAGUUUCUUUUAAAGAUCCAGUCAUUUGCAAUACAUACGAUCCGCCAUCAUCGAAAUCUCAACAGACAACAGUUGUUAGUGCGAAACGUGGUGAAACAGUUUUAGAUCGUCUAGUUAUUCCUCCUCCUGAAGAAUAUCAACAAAAUUCUCAUGAAUUGGAAAAACGUAUUCAAUUAUUGAACGAUGAAAACCAACAACUAAGACUAACUAACCAGAAUCUUCAACGGCAACAAGACGAUUUGUUGAAUCGCUUACAAACAUCACAGAAGCUCAGUCAACAAGAAUUGAAUGAUCUGUUAAAACAAGCAGGACAUGAUCAAACGAAAGAUCUGGAGAAUUUAAAUAAAACAUUACAAAAGCGUUGUGAUCAAUUACAAAAUGAAUUACUCUCGUUGAAAGAACGAUAUGCUCAAGAACAAGGUCAAACAAGUGCUCGAGAGCUGAAAAAUGAAAAUCAUUUUCUCAAAGAGUACAUUCAUCGGCUAAAUGCAGAAGCGAGCGAUUAUCAAACGCUACAUCCACCCGACGUUAUCAAAACUGAUAUCCAGAAAGAACAAAGAAAAAUGCAAGGUCUACCAAUGAAAGGACCAUCACCGAUUUGGCUCCUUAAUCAAAAGUUUCUUGCUCCAUUAUUUGUUUGCUACGACGAGAAACUUCACCAAAGGGAAAACUUCAUUCGAAAACUUCAAAGUCAACUGCAAGAACUAUAUAAUGAGGUAAAACAAGUUACAAAUGAAAAUCUCUCACUACACGAACGAAUUGCUCGCACAUCAUCAACAGUCAUCCAGCAGAACACGGCUAAUACAGCUGAUAUAGAAAAUAUCAAACGACAGGCGUAUCUGGUUUUAGAAGAAAAUAAAGUUCUUCAAGAACAAGUCAAUUUACAGACAACUCGUUUAACUGAUAUUCAAAAAGCUCAGAUUCAAGAAGUUUCAAAUUUAAGUCGUCGAUUAAUGAUUGCUGAAACGGAAAAAACUGAAGGCGAUCGAACAUUGGAAACUAUCCGCAUUAAAAACGAAGAACUACGCAAAAAAUAUGAACAAAUAGUCAUUGAAAAUGAUCACCGAAUACACGUCGAAGAUCAUGUUCGUGAAAUCAACGAAAUGAAACGACUAACAGAUGAACUAAGUGAAAAACAUGCGGGCGAAAUGCAAUUGCUUCUACGUCGAGUACAGGAUGCCGAAGCUGCUAAGCGAGCAGCUCAACUGAAACUGAGUGAACAUCGUGGUGAUAUGGAACGAUUGAAGAAUGAUUUAAAAGCUGCAAAGAAACUCAAUCAAAAACUACAAAUUCGCGUGCAAACAUUCGAAAAGAAACUGGAGCUUCAACAAAUGAAAGAACAGCAUACGGCUACGUUGCUUGAUAAAGCUAAUGAAGAAGCAGAAAAGUGUCGACUAGAACAGGAAGCUUACUCGAUUCUGGCGAGAACUAAGGAAGAAGAAGCAACUAAAACAAAAGAAUUAAUACAAGAGGAAGGCAAGAAGUUGAACGAAUUAGAGAAUCGAUUGGAAAAUUACAAGAGCAAGAGCAAAGAACGCGUCAACGAAGUACAAGAACAAAUGAAAAAGCAAUACGAUAAUUUGAAAGUACGUUGUUCAGAUUAUGAACAACGUAUACAACAAUUGAUGAGUCUACUGGGCGAAAAACAAAUACUCAUCGAUGAUCUACAUUCCGAAAAACGCAAUCUUGAAGUCGACCUCGAGACCAUUUGGUUAACGACCAAUGCUGAUAACAAACGAAUGCUCGAACAAUUGCACGAUAUGCGUGUAAUGACCUGA